GUCAUUUAGUCACGCGAUCAGCGUUUCCUGCUAAAAAUCUCUAAACAACAUAGAAUUGCUAUAAGGCAAGGUAACAGGUAGUACCAUAUAAUAUGAAUGAUUCUUUAAAACCCAUGAUUGACUACACAUCAGAAAARGACUAUAAAUCCAUGUCUAGUACACCUUGGAAUAAUUCGYCWCAAAGUUCCUGCUCUSGAUGUACAAGCGAAUUCGACGAAACUCCAGAAAGCGAAGAAAUCCCUCUCAACAUUGACAAKCAGCUCUCAUUCAUCAUCAGUWUUCUCAAAGUCUUGGGUAUUGUGAAACUGAGAGGAAAACUUGGCUCAUUGAUUAUAUGGAUUACACUUCCUUUAAUKUGGGUUCCUGUUGUAUAUUUAAGUAUAUGCAUCAUGAAAGCAAAUCAUGUGAUGGCAUCGCCGAGCGGACUYCCAACAGUUUUGCUCUUUGCUGGCAUGGCUGGAUCACAGUUAUUUGGCGUGCGAUACUCAACAAGCCACUACAGAGAUCUCAGGGCAAAYAUAAGGCUUGCCUUACGACGGGGAAAUCUAAGGAGAGAUGCGUCAAUUCUUUUGAGUGCUUCAGUGAUACUUCACGGMGUUUAUCUAGCAUUGUUACUACACUUAUACCUCAGGCAGCCCAUUCCAAUACCCUGGAUUGGAAUUAUUUUUGUCUACUUUCUCGGAUUCGGCUUUUGCUCUUUCGUAUGCAUCGUUAUGAAUGUCUUAUUUAGCACCGUUUGCACUUCCAUUCGAAUCAAAAUUCAUGACUUUAAGGAGCGUCUGCGGAAUUGGAAACAUGGACUGUCAGAAGCUCUAAACGAAUAUAACGAAAUUUGUGWUUUUAUGAAUCGUCAGUCGGAAGCAAUAAAAUGGUGGAUUCUUUGUAAUUUAUUGAGUUUCAUAACUAUUUGGAUUGUCGACUUUCAUCUCUGGCAAAUUCUGGGCUCGGCCAAGGUACACACGGACGUAGCACGACUCGUACUGUAUAACUGCAGCUGCUACGAAGGCUAUAAUGGCCAUGAAGACAAAUACAUCCCAAUCAAGGAUAUUACCGGUUGCGAAAUAUUAUUUUCGUUUCUAGUGUUCUUUCUGUUCACUUCUCCUCUCUUUUGGGCAGCAAUGGUAUCUGUUGAUUGUAACGCUUUCAAGGAAUGGGUCAACAAAAUGCAAACUCACACGGAUGAUAAACCUUUAGGAGAAUUCAGCAUUAAGACACUGGAUUUCUUCAUCAACCGUGUCCAAAUGGCCAACUAUUUUGCAUUUAGGUUGUUUGGUAUCAAUAUUACUAAAUUGGUAUAUUCCGUGACUGGUUUGAUGACGACUGUUCAAGUUGUUCUC